CGAUAUGGCAAGGAAUAUCCGUGCCUCCGAAAUGCGAAGAAGCUCGGCAGCGGGAUUAAAUGCAGCCUCGCAGCGACCUCCAUUACCACCUAAGAUCGAAAACCGCUGCCAUAGCUACGAAGGAUUGCUGCGAGAGGACAAAAAUCUGCCUACUGAAGGACAAGACUAUACUGAUUCGAAAACCCCUACUUCGAAACCAUCUGACACGGUGGCUGAACCGGUCAAACCAACCGAAGAGUCCAUUAAAGCUAAAAACCGCAGAUCUCGUAGUAUGGAUGACUUAUUCGAUGACGAUCGCAACCUGACAGACUUUCUCGAGAACACUCAAAGCAUGGAAAACCUCGCUUCCGAGGAAGCUACUGUUGAACCGCAGUCUCCGGUUAACAUGAUGGGCAAUAUUUGCUUUAAUCGUCGAUUCGUAGAACCGGCCGUCACUGAGCAUCCGGAAUGUGUCGAUCCUCGUAUCGAGACAGCAUCUCCGGAAUCGUGCGGCGAACAACCCUGUGAAAACGAGACCAUUACUGUGGACAGCACUCCACGCAAAGAACAUGACAACGAAGACAAACUACCACCCGAAGAUGAUGUAUUAUCGACGAACUCGUCACUGAAUUCAUUCGCCUCUGCUAGCGACACCACUUCGGCGAGCAAGAAAUCCAGUACACCUUUUAUCAAUAGAUACGUUAAAAAGGUGAAAUCGCUGAUGAAGAAAUAGACCCUUAUCUCGAAUAUCAGAGCAAUAAGUAAUCCAAUUCUCCACAUGCAAUUCGUUCGUGAAGUCAAACGAAUUUUUUUAAUUGUUUUUACUGAAAAAUAUGUGAUCUUGUAGAACUAGAAAUUAGAAUAGUUAGGUAAGAAUUGUAAAAUAGUUGUACUGCAAAGAUGUAUGCUUUUUACUACUCUUGCGAAUGUGUUAUCGUACCUGUUUCGAAAUGUCAAUAACAUGAAACGUACAACGUACAUUGAAUGAAAUUUAAAGCACUUCAUGCUACGCUUCAUGAAUUGGUUUAAUAAGUAAUGGUAAGCGACAGAAUCAGGUAUUUUAGCUGGAUCUAACAAAUGUGAUUGCUUGGCGAUUGAGCGAGCGAUGAAAAGGAGUAAAAUAUAUUAUUUUAAUCUUUAUAUCAUAGGUAUCUACAAUCGUAAAUUACACAUUUUUCAAUAUUUAUUACUUAAACUAAACAUGCACACUUAGGCAUAUAGAUACAUGAGAUGUCAGUCUUAUAAAAUAUUCAUAUUUUCCGUUAUUUAUAACCUACAGAAAUUAUAGAAUAGCGCACUGAAAUGUAAACUGUAACUAACUGAUCGAAACGAUGAGUAGAAAGUACUCAGCUUUUUACACCACGUACGGCCUCACCAAAAUGUGCGACGGCUAGUUUUAUAAAAUUGGCAAUACAAAUAAAACUAAUUGAAACUUUGAAUAAAUGUAACACGAAACAAAAU